AUGUCUCCCUCCAAGUUAUCGAUGUCACCGGUAAAUGGUACUGAAUUGGUCGCUGUCAACGACUCGGUGGUGCCUGUGAGACGUGUCACCAAGCAGGCCCCUCACCCUUUGGUGAUGAUUCCCGGUCCAGUCGAGUUUACUGAUGAAGUUUUAGACGCUAUGAAAACGCCUCCUCAAGCUCACACUGGACCCGCAUUUACUAAAACCUUCUCCGAAGUGUUGCGGAAGGUGCGCUUGGUUUUUGGUAAUGAGAAGACUGCAGGUGGUCAAGGCAUCGUUGUCUCGGGGUCAGGCACUUUGGGUUGGGACUUCGCCGGGGCAAACUUGAUCACCAAGCCGGACUCCGAUAAGGUUCUUUGUGUAUCCACUGGUUUUUUCUCUGAUGGUAUGAUUGAAUGCUUGUCGAACUUUGUCGCUGACGAAAAUAAGCAAAUCACCGUAUUGGAAGCGGCUGUGGGUGAAACUGUUCCUCUUCACGACAUCAAAACUCAAUUACAAAAAGACAACUAUCGUCUCAUUGCCUUGACUCAAACCGACACGUCGACGGGGGUCUUGACGGAUAUCAAAGCUGUCGCGGAACUCGUUAAGCAAGUCUCGCCAGAAACCCUCAUUGUCGUGGAUGCUGUGUGCUCUGCUGGGGUAGAGGAAAUUCAAUUCGACAAUUGGGGUCUCGACUUCGUGUUGACUGCAUCGCAAAAAGCAAUGUCGACCCCAGCCGGGUUGCUGAUAAUGAUGGCCUCGCAAAGAGCCAUUGACCAUGCCUUGCUGGUGAAGCACAAGAAGCCGGUGUAUUGCUCGUUCAACAAAUGGUUGCCCAUCAUGGCUAACUACGAAGCUAACAAACCGCUGUACUUUGCUACUCCUUCAGUACAAUUGGUGACGGCGUUCAAUGUGUCUUUGAACCAAAUCUUGGGAAGUGACCCAAUCGUCGAUCCUGCGACGAAAAUCCCUAAGCUGUUGUUGCACCGGUUUGCCGUCCACAAAAACGUGGCUCGCUCGCUUCGGCAAGACCUCUUACAGCCUCAAUUUGGUUUGCGCCCAGUGUGUAACAAUAUCGACGAUUGUUGCAACGGCAUGACUGCAUUAUAUGUCCCUGAUGAUGUCAAGGUUCCUGACGUAUUGGCUUACGUCCUGAAAAACUUUGACAUUUCCUUGGCUGGUGGUAUCCAUCCCAAAAUUGCGUCGAAGUACAUCAGAAUUGGGCACAUGGGUAUUUCCGUGACUGGUCAACUGGCGGCGGAUGUUAAACGCACCGCAGCGGCUGUUAAGUUGGCCCUUCAGGCAGUGCUGCCCAAAGCUAAACUUUGA